AUGGCGCGCCCGUUCCCCUAUAACUUCAUAUCUUGCCCCUGCGUCGAUAGCCCUCGUCCCACGCCAGCUUCAAACCGGCUCUCUAAGGAUCUUUCCAGUCUGAGCCUCAAGGCGUCAGAUGAAGACGAGGAUGAGCAAACUUUCGACCCGAGAUCACGUCGCGCAAACUACUCCCUAUACCCCCCAGAACAUCUCUUAUACUGCGAAGACUGCCAUCAGAUAAAAUGCGCAAGAUGCAUAACAGAAGAGAUCGUUUGUUGGUAUUGUCCCAAUUGUCUAUUCGAGACUCCAAGCAGCAUGGUACGGAGUGACGGAAACAGAUGUGCGCGUAACUGUUUCAAUUGCCCCAUUUGCACAUCUCCAUUAACAGUCACAACCAUGAACAAUAUGGAGAAUGGAGCAUCUCAGAGUGGCCCGUGGAUUCUGUCCUGUAGUUAUUGCAUGUGGACAAGCCUCGACAUCGAUAUAAAAUUCGACAAACCAACCAACAUACGAGCUCAAUUGUUAUCACUGAGGAAUGGAGCAAAUAGAAGACCUUCGGAAGCCAGGGUUUCGCAAUUCAAAUCACCACUCGCGAGCUUCGCUUCAACACCUAGUCUACCAGAAGAAGAACAAGAUGAUAAGCUGGGAAGCCCGAUGUCCUUUGACAAGCCUGCGUUAGGCCAUGAUGCUAGGUUUGCGGCGCUGAAGAAUUUCUACCGCACCCAGAUUGCUGAGACAUCGUCAUCACCAUCAGACCACCUGAUAGGAGGUGACUUUGGGCUAUACUCUUCGCCCAAUGCGUUGAGCCGCAUCAUGUCCCUUUACAAUACUGGAGUUGGCAUGCAUGGAAAUAAUAAAAAGAACAAAUCCAGACCCCCAGUUAUGCGUGAAGCAUUAACGCAGGCAGAGGGGCUAGUUAUACCCACAACUAGGUCUGAGGAUUAUAUUAUUGAAAAGAUGGCUGCCGAAGGGUGGGAUGGGCUGGCGUCAAUGGAGCAACGGCAAUUCCAACAGCCUUCUACACGAUUUGUGGAUGACUUGUUACCACUUCCGGUUCUGCUACGAACAAAGAGAUCUAAACGAUGCAAAGCAUGCAAGCACAUCCUUGUCAAACCAGAAGUCAAACCUCAAUCAACUCGGUUCCGCAUCAGGCUCAUUGCCCUCAGUUAUCUACCACUUACCUCAAUUCGCCCGCUUUACCCAUCAUCGGUUGCUCUUCCGAUCAACUUAGAAGCCCUUGAGCCGUUGAAACCAAUCCAAUUCCUUCUGACCCUCAAAAACCAUAUGUUUGAUCCUAUCCGCGUCACACUUGCAACCCCAUCGGUGACUCCUGGGCCUGUUUCUACAAAGGUGACAAUUCUAUGUCCCCAACUUGACGUCGGUGCCAAUACAGAUGUCUGGGAUGAAGCCCUCCAAUCCGGAAGUAUGCCUGAUGCAAGAUCUUCCCGCCAUGGUAUGGAGAGAGUUGCAGAAGCAGGCAAGGUAUGGGACAAGGGACGCAAUUGGACAACCGUUGCUAUGGAAGUUGUCCCUGGCGCAAUUAAGAGCAAAAUUAAACAAGCUCAGGUGGAUACGGAUGAUGAAGACCAAGGUAUAGUUGAGAUUCCCGUGUUUGUGAGAAUCGAAUGGGACGCAGACAGUGGGAACGAGGACUUGGGAUUCCGGUCUGAAAGCUCUAAGAAAGCCGAGUCAGAUAAAGUGAAAAGAGAGCUCGCAUACUGGAUGACACUUGGGAUAGGGAGGAUUAAACCUGAUGGCCCCUGA